AUGGUUGCUUGCUAUCCUGGAAAUGGAACUGGGUAUGUUCGUCAUGUGGACAAUCCAAAUGGUGACGGGCGCUGCAUCACCUGUAUUUAUUACCUGAAUAAGAACUGGGACUCCAAGCUGCAUGGUGGAAUUCUUCGAAUAUUCCCGGAAGGAAAGUCGUAUGUAGCAGAUGUUGAGCCAAUUUUUGACAGAUUACUUUUUUUUUGGUCAGAUCGAAGGAACCCACAUGAAGUCCAGCCUUCUUAUGCAAUCAGAUAUGCCAUGACUGUGUGGUAUUUUGAUGCUGAAGAAAGAGCAGAAGCCAAAAAAAAGUUCAGGAACUUAACCGAUGCAAGGAAGACAGAAGCACCUCUUAAUGAAGACUAAUCAACUGUUCCUGAACUGUUUGUGAGGAAAUAAGAUCCCAAAGAUGAUUUCCAUUUCCAGCAAACAAGGGCAAAUUCUUCUUAUGCGCAAGAACACACUGAUUGUGUCUAGCAUGUGCAUCUUAUACCAAUGGUACUUAAGGCAACCUCCUGUCAUGCCUCUGUCUGGCAGAAGGAACACUUGUUUCUAUUUGCCUUUGGCUGGAAAACGUAACCAGGGUU